UGCCUUUAACUGACACUCUCUCUGCUGGGCCGAUGGCCGACGCCGACCUCGCCGGAACCCUAACCGCCUCGCCGGAGGUUCACCGUCCUCCUCCGACGCCUCCGCCGCAGCCGCCAUCUCGCGCGCCCCUUCUCGCACCCCGCGAGAACCCCCUCGACUGCGCCCUCCGCCGCCUCGAGGCCUUCCUCGCCCUCCUUAGCUUCCCCAGCUCCGCCGCCGCCCCCCGCCUUCCCCUCCGCCUCAUCCUCUCCGCCGCCGCCUUCGUCCUCCUGGGCGUCGCCCUCCCCUCCGCCGCCUUUGCCCUCUCCCGCUCCGCCGCCGGCGGCGGCCACCGGAUCGACGGCUUCGAGAUCACCGUCGUAGUAUCCGAGGCCGCCGCCGCCGCCGUCUCCCUCGCCUGCGUCUCCCGCGGCCUCGUCAAGUACGGGAUCCGCCGCUUCCUGUUCGUGGAUCAGCAACACGGCCAAGACGAUCGGCUCCAGAAGGAGUACCUUCGCAAGAUCCAGGACUUUUUUUACUUACUCUUUUGGUGGAUAUUGCCAUGCUUUGUGGUGAAGACUGUCCGUGAAAUUGUCCGCUUUGUUUAUAUUUUCCAUGAGUCAAUAUGGAGAGCUGUUGUUGUCUUGUUAGCAUCAGUUGCAUCAUGGACUUACCUGACGACAAUAUAUUUAUCAUCUUGCACAAUUUUCAACUUGGUUUGUAACUUGCAAGUUGUGCACUUUGAGGAUUAUGGCAAACUGUUAGAACAAGAUGCAGAUCCUCUAGUUUAUGUGCAAGAACAUCUACGCCUCCGUUACAACCUCUACAAAAUCAGCCAUAGGUUCCGUAUAUUUCUUCUAUUGGUGUUCUUGUGUGUUACAGCAAGCCAGUUUGUUAUUCUUUUUGAGACUACAGGACAUGGUGGGACAGUCAACUUCACUAGUGCUGCAGAUAUAGCUGUAUCUUCCAUUGUUCAAGUUGUUGGCAUUGUCCUUUGCCUCCAUGCUGCUACUAAAAUAUCUCAUAGAGCUCAAGGAAUUGCCUCGUUAGCUAGCAGAUGGCAUGCACUAGUAACUUGUAAUUCCAGUGAUUCGACUCUUCCAAGAGUCACAAAUAGCUCUGGGAACUUGGAGGCUUUUCCAGCAGAUUUAUUAUUGAUGGAUUAUUCAGAAAGCGACGUGGAGUCACUAGAUAAUGUCACGGUGCAUACCAAUGCUCAAUUAGCUUCUUAUAUGUCCUCAUAUCACAAAAGAGAAGCACUAGUUCUGUAUUUGCUUUCCAGCCCUAGUGGAAUUACUAUUUUUGGAUGGACUGUUGACCGAACAUUACUCAACACGAUCUUCUUCAUUGAGAUGAGCCUCGUUCUCUUUGUACUCGGUAAAACCAUCGCAUCUCCUACAAAGCCGGUACUUACUGAUUUCAUAAGAAAUCUUCAUCCAAACAAAUCAAUGCACGAAUAGAUCAGGAACCGCAAGGAGCACAUUUAAUCAGCAUGUUUGGCACUACUAAGGACUCGAGGGUCUUUUAUAGAAAAUGUACACGAAGAAAACCACACCUGAGAAUUCUCCAGUUGAAAAGCGUCGGAUUGUGCAGUUGCAAUCACUUUGCUCUGGAAGGAAAUGAAUCACUUGAGUUUGUCAAAAGGAUGUCUACCCCGUGCAGAUGUGAGAUGUGUGUAUUGUCUUGUAAGUGUAUUAGGUAAGAUAUUGCACUGUAAAUUUGUGGUGUACAAGUUGGUGCGCUUUUUUUUUUUUAAUGUCCUUGUAAUGCCAAAGAUCUUGUUCUCCACUAUUACGAUAUACCUAUGUUGUAUCUUCUGUUGUCCUAUUACGAUAUACCUAUGUUGUAUCUUCUGUUGUCGUAUAGUACCUGUUAUGUUUUUUUUCCCCAUAGGUUCUUUGCUCUUUCGGUGGAUAGCGUUGGAUAGCGUUUUGUAUUAUGUAUGUGUAUUCUUUAUGUAACUAUUCAUAAUAACGUGGUCUUGUUAUGGGACUACUUGCGCAAUUACAGUAAAUCAAAGUUGUUUUA